CGAAAUUGAGAUUCCCUUCCUUCUCACGAAGGCACCGAAGAUGACAGAUGUAGCUACAUAAAUAACGGAAGCCUUGUGCACCUUCUCCUGCUCCAGGGGCCCUAACGAGCCCCCUACUUGGAGGGAUCCCAAGGAGCUUGUUGCAGAUUUACCAGGAUGCUGCCACCUUGCGGCUGGCUUACCUGAAAGCUCAGCUACCACUGACCGUUGGCAGCCAUGCUGCAACAUUGACAGCCAACUCCAACACACCUGCAUACCCACAACACCCCCCUCCCCAACUGCUGCAGCCAUCAAUCUCCUUAACCUUCUUAAGUUUGCAAACACCAUGUCCCAUCCCCUGUAUAACCCCUAUGCCCCUGGGAACCAAAGUUCCAACCAGGGGCAGUAUGGACUCUCCAGUAUACCGGCAGAAAGGGACCCUCGGAUGGGAUCUUCUCACCUUGAACCUGGGUCCAGCUUCACCUCUCCUGGAGCUUCUUCUGGGACUCCUGCCAACUCUGGGGGAAUGCUCCCGUCAAUGAGCUACAGGCCUGAGCAGAGUAGGGCCGUAAUAGACAAGAACAUAGAGAGGUCUGUAGACAUGCAUAUUAGCAGAGCCAGAGAGGAAGUAAGGCUUCUUGGCAAAUCAAUGGAUCGGCCCAUAGACCAGGGCACUUGUUUUACCAGCACUGAAAGGAAUGAGUUUCUCUCCUCAGGCACAGGGAUGGUCUCCUACCAAAUGUCCUCAACCUCUGCCUCUUUAGGACAUAGACAACCUGGUGUUGAAAGUUGCAGUAACUCCUUGGACUGGUCAUCGAACUACAACAGGCCCACUGCUGAUAACCCCUCAAAAUUGUAUUCAUCAUCUGCUUCAUCUAACUAUGCAAGUGGUGGUGACAGUAUGUUUAAUGCCUCCAGUGAAAGAGAACAUGAUAAGCAGUCUAUUCCAGACAAACCUGCGGCCACUACAGAGUCUAGUCAACCCAAGUACACUUUUGAAUCAGCUUCUAACAUCCUUCAGCACUUUGGACUUGAAAAAGAGGACUUGGAACAUCUCAUCUCCUAUCCUGAAGACCAGAUCACCCCUGCUAACCUGCCGUUCAUCUUGCGGCAAAUCCGCAUUGAGAAGACCAAGAGAGCUUCAACUGCAGUUCAGUCAAAACCCUGCCCCAAUCCCCAACCCACCAGAAGUGUGAGAGGAAUGGACAGUCACAGUUUGAGCAGGUCUGGAGAGCCAGGGACGCGCCAGGAGGAAAUGUCAUCAGCUGUUUUCCAGAGUAAAGUGAUUGACUAUGAACAUACUGGCGAACAUACAGGCAAUUAUACUGGAGCGGUUGGGGAUGAAAUUGGAAGGACCUGUAGCAGUAAAGCUAACAGCGUUGGAACUGGAAAUAUGUUGCAGGUAGACACUUACGAUAGUAGCCGACACAUUAGAGAACCACUGCAAAAAAAUACAACAGAGGUGAAAAGCAGUGCCUUGGGUUCUUUGAGUGACCACGCAAGUUCUGUUUCCAACCUCAGCUCUUGGCGUAGUUCAAUUAUGAGCUCUGUGGUUUACCAAAGCAAUGAUCAGACCAAACAACUGCUGACCCAACCAAAACAGACUUCCCAAACAGUCCUCAGCUCUUUCUCUCUGCCAAAGAAAGACACCGACAUCAGAGCUCUCAAGUCUGAAGCCCCCAAACCUGUUCCUUUGAAAGAAGCAGAGGCAGUUCAGCAGUCAAUGAAAACCCAACCACCCCCCACUCUGUACCCUCGUGUGCAUCCCAGCCGACAUGGCCUUGUGCUCUUUGACAGUAAUGACGCCAGUGGCGCAGUUCAGCAGUCAAUGAAAACCCAACCACCCCCCUCUCUGUACCGUGGUGUGCAUCCCAGCCGACAGGGCCUUGUGAUCUUUGACAGUAAUGACGCCAGUGGCACUAAGGGUCAGAGUAAAACUCAAGGACAAGGGUCUACAGUUGCUGAGCAAAUGAAAAAGCAGCAAACACAGAAGCAUACGAUACUGCAGACAGGGCAAGCGAUGUGGCCUUCAAGUUUUUCUGCUGCAACAUCAGUUCCCCCUGCUUCUCAAAUCCCCAGCAUCACCAAUGCCAUGCAACGUCCGCUGUUUAUCCCUGGUGGUCCCCAACCCGAUGCUAUUCCUCCAGCUCUGCCUUUGCCAAUCCCAGGCCUGGUGAACCUUACUCAUCUGACGCCGCCACCUUCCAACAGUCAGCCUCCGGCAAAGAGGGCAGUCUCCAAGGGUCUGCCAACGGCAGCCAUGAUGCAUGACUAUGCGGCGGCCACGCCGAGAAUCUUUCCUCAUACCUGUACUCUGUGUAACAAAGAAUGUACUCGUAUGAAGGAUUGGAUCUCCCAUCAGAAAACUAUCCUUCACCUUGAGAGCUGCAAACUUCUCCAAAAACAAUACCCAGAGUGGGAUGGUGCGAUUGAAACCAGGCCCAGUGCUGCAGGUAAAGAUGCCAAGCUCUCGCCCUCAACCUGUAUAGUGACUUCCCAGCAUCAUCACCAGAAAGUCAGGCAAAGAAACCGCUCCCGUUCUCACUCGUCUAGCCCCCGUCGCCGUCAUGGCUCAGAGAGUAGAAGGGAGAAAAGCAGUAGCAGAUCGAGUUCACCGCAAAGCUCCAGAUACACUCGCAGGUCCCGGUCUAAUUCUCAUUCCCCAUGGUAUGAACGCCCUAUCUCAUCCUGCUAUCGGUCACGCUCAAGGAGCCCCGAGAGACAAUCGUCACUGAGGAGGAGAGACGAGAAACGGUCCUCACCACGGAGGAGAGGCGAUAGACGAUUAUCUCCGAGGAGGAGCCGUGAGAGACGAUCAUCUCUGAGAAGUAGCCGUAAGAGACGAUCAUCUUCAAGGAGUAGCCUUGAGAGACAAUCAUCUCCAAGGAGACGAUCAUCUCCAAGGAGAAGCCGUGAGAGACGAUCAUCUCCAAGGAGGAGUCACGGGAGACAUUGGCCACCAACGAGUAGCGAUCAGAGACAAUCCCCUCAACGAAAUGACUCGAUCAGUGCAGAGAACCUGGCAGAGAAACUACUGGAAUCAACAGCUUUGCAGUCUCUGUCAAAUCAGUGUGACCUGGAGGCCGUGGUUAAAACUCUGGCUCCUGCCUUACUAGCCGAGCUAGCCAAGAUGGAGCCUUCCUCAUCUUCUACUGCUUCUUCCUCAUCCAUCUCCUCUACAGCAAAGAAGAAAGAGUUACCUAAAAAGCUCUCUAAAAUAAAUCUCAGCCUGCAGAAGGGAGAGUCUGGUAAAUCUUCAACCACAACCAUGGUGCAACCACAACAGGUUUUUAGUUCUGUUUCACUUUUGGAGCACAAAUCAAAGUCAGUUUUUCUGUCUGAUUCCAAACUGGAGUCUCAAGAAAAUAAACCAACAUCAUCCUGUGAAAGAUCAAAAACAGUCCUCAUCAACAACAUUUCAUUGAGUGAGUCCAAUCAGCUCAGAGAAGUUUUGAAAAAAAAUAAAUCUGUCAAGAACAUCUCAUCUCCUAAAGUGCCUGGUCUCAACAAGGUAUUUAUAGAAUUUGAGUCCGCUCGCGAUGCUGAUCAGCUCGGAGUUUGGUUGAGUCUCCUCAAACAACCCCCUGGCUACGAAGUCCACAGGCUGGGAGUACCAUACACCAACUGUACAUCACUACCUCUGCCUUUGCCAAUCCCAGGCCUGAUGAACCUUACUCAUCUGAAGCCGCCACCUUCCAACAGGCAAAAGAGGGUAGUCUCCAAGGGUCUGCCAACGGCAGCCAUGAUGCAUGACUAUGUGGCGGCCACACCGAGAAUCUUUCCUCAUACCUGUACUCUGUGUAACAAAGAACUUACUUGUAUGAAGGAUUGGAUCUCCCAUCAGAAAACUAGCCUUCACCUUGAGAGCUGCAAACUUCUCCGAAAACAGACUAAAGUUCAGCGUGUUGAGUCUUCAAAGAGUCCUAAAACAGUCCUAAAACAGCCUCUACAAGAUUCCAGUGAGAUCACACUAAACUUUGAACCAGACACCCUCGACCUGUCACAACCUGCUCUGCAAACCAGUGAACCUGUUGGAUCCACCAUUUUUGCGCCCACCACAGCAGGACCAAGUGCUACGGCCACAAGUGACGUAGCAAUGAAGGACGGUCCUGUUACUGCAGUGAAUGCAGCGUCAAUCAGUGAUGCCUCCAAAUGCAAAGCACGUAUCCGUCCCACUAGAUGGGAUGGGGUAAAAACGUGCCUGCGUCCAUCCCGAAUAAAGUGCCUCAAGCUGAAAAGCUGUUUAUUUGGAACACCAGAAUAUAAUCCACGUAGUCGUAAGCAGUUGUUCAUAACCAACCUGCCGGAGUAUUACAACGGCUGCUACACAGAAAAGGAUUUUGCUGAUUUUCUCAUACCCUUUGGGUUUCAAUAUACAGAUGACAACCUCCAUAUUGUUCCUCUGUCUCGCAUGGCCUUUGUCGUGAUGCCGAAAGCCAAGGAUGUGGAAAACAUAUUGAAAGCCUCCCAAUUGAAUAACAUUACUUUCAAAGGGUCCAAACUUCGUUUCAGUGUAAUAUUCAAGAACAUUACAAAGACACUGCUUUGCUUUUAUAAAUCGGUGAUGGAGCUGAUGCAUCAUACAGUAUGUGACGAUGGAUCGAAAACAAUCUUCAUCAAGAACAUUUCAUGGAGUGAGUCCAACCAGCUCAGAGAAGAUUUGGAAAAAAUAAAUUCUGUUAAGCACUUCCUGCCUCUCCUCAACAAGGUGUUUGUAGAAUUUAUAUCCAUUUCCGAUGCUGAUCGGCUCGGAGUUUGGCACAGUCUUCUGAAACGAGCCCCUUGCUACGAAAUCCACAGGCUGAAAAUACCAUGGAACGGCGAUGCAUUAUGUUCACCAAAACUUUGCGGGAACGUUCUGCCAGACAGUCAGGAUGCUGUUGCUGGGGCAACUGUGCCGCCAAUAAAAUUUGGCAUUCCACAGCGCAGCAUUGGACCUUUUUGGGUCACAAUGAGAACUAGUCCCUUCUUGUUCCCUACCAUCUCUCCUUGGUUCAUCAUCCCAGAUUACCUGACAGUCAGAAGAGAGGAAGACAUUGAGAAGGCAAGUAUUGGUGGUUCCAUGAUCCCCACAAUCAUGUUGACCGGUUUGCCAGAAAAAAACUACAAGUACGAGGAUGUGGCCGAACUGGUCUGGUGGCAUUUCCCCAAACGGAACCUUCACUCCCUGUACUACAACAUUACAGUCUUAACACUGCAGAGGAGGGCCUUUGUGUUUUUUCCCGGUUGGACAACGUGCUGCACUUUUGUCCGAGAACACAUCGCAUAUCCAUUUUCUAUCAAUGGCUGCACGCUUGGUGUUCACUUUGUCUUGGAACACAUGUAUCCCGAAUCCAGUGAGGAGAUGAUGUACACAACUCUGAUGAAGUGGAGCAAUGCUGGAGUUCCAGAGACAACGUCUCUGGAGGAGCGGUUGCUGUGUGUGGAGGUUUCUGAGGCGUCUGCGGACGUCGUCAGGACGGUCAUAGAAGAGGUGGCGUCCAUCGCAACCUUUGUUGGCUUCCUGCCACUCGCCAACAGGAUAUCCAUUGAGAUGGCCGACUCCAGCGGUGUAACCAAGGUGGUGGAGAAAUACAACAAUUGCUCACCAGACUCUUUGAAUAGAGCAGUUUGGACUAAAGUUCAGCGUGUUGAGUCUUUAAAGAGCCUAAAACAGCGUCUACAAGACUCCAGUGACAUCACACUAAACUUUGAACCGGACACCAUCAACGUCAAAGCCGAGCCCGCAGCUGUGAAAUGUCAAACCCAGCCUCCUUCUUCUGAACUAUUGGAUAAUGGGUCACAACCCACUCUGCAAACCAGUGACCCUGCUGGAUCCACCAUUUCUGAGCCCACCACAGCAGGACCAAGUGAUACGGCCACAAGUGACGUAGCAAUGAAGGAGGACUGUGAGAAACCAGGAACUGAGAUCGCCAUGGACUCCACUGUUGAUCCUGAGGCAAAUGAAGAUGUAGAAAAAGCAGAAGUAAAGGGGGAAGAGGGUUCACUAACACCCUCGAUCUCUUCUGCUGAUGUGACCUCUACUUCUGCCGUUAGCAGUGUAAACACGGUCCCAGCUGCUUCCAGUCCUGAUCCUUCUAGUCCUGCCACCACAGUGCUCAUGCCUGAAGAAACCUUUGCAAAACUUCCUCAGAUUAGUACGGACAUUUUCCAGGCCAUCGUGGCAGCAGUUCACAGCCCCAAACUCACCCUGGAUAGCAAGUCCCAGAGGGAGGAGAAGAAGUGUGAGGAUGAAUUUUUAAAUGACAACCCUUCUUCAGACGCCUAUCUUUUUGAAGAGCAAGAUUUCAACAUUGAUGACUUUGUUACUAUUGACGAAGUUGGUGAUGAUGAAGUGGGAGGCACAAGCUCCAAGCCUCAGAGGUCCUCCUCAUCCAGGCACUCCCCCAGAGCGAAAAGAGAGAGGCAAAGCUCAGGUGUGUCUUCUGUUGGCAAACGGACAUCAACGAGGUGUAUCGAAGAGCACGCCUGAACCCGCCCUUCUUCACUCUCCUCACCCAAGUUGACUAAAGGCUCAAGCUCUUCUAGCUACGUGUCGCCCAAAAAAUCCAAGGACUCAUCUGAGCCCACCAAAUCCCCUACCAAACCAUCGGCUGCCUCCCCUUCUUCCCCUGGUCAGAAAACACAACAUAGCAAGACAAAAUCUCCAGCCAAAGCAUCAAAUGCUGCAUCCUCUGGGUGUAGAACCCGCUCAUCCUCCGCUGCACAAGAAAUGGAAAAGAUGACAUCAGUGGCUAGGGUCAAGGCUUCAGUGGAGACUCAUUCUGAGCCUCUGAUAGAAGAAGCAAAAGACACAGAAAGCACAGUGGCAAUGUCUGACCACACAGUGUCAGCAGAGAGCUUUGCUGCAAAAACUGUUGAGUCAGAGACAACAAUAGAAACCUCAUCAGAGAUACGUCCACCUCUACAGGGACAUGGAUUAGAGUUGAGCCAAUCCCAGAGUCUGGAGGUUGAUGUUCAUGUCAACACAUGCAAAGGCCGCAAGAAAACCAAAGAGGAUGGGAAAGAAGACAAUGUUGAGAAACAUACAGAGGUGGAGGUGGACAACAGGGAAAAAUAUCAAAUCCUUGGUUCACUUGAUGAACAAACAGAUGAACAGAUGAAUGAUGCGGACCAAGACGGCAGCUCUGAAGUCCGGCCAACUGUACCCGAGGGAGGCCAGACUUUGCACGAGGAAAGCUUUCAGGUCUUGGACAGUGUCGACGAUAAAGGCAAAGCCCUCCCACGGGAGUACAGUGAAAUGGAAAUAGACAGUUCUUUCCAAAUGGUGGACAGUGUAAGCCAAGACCAAGCAGAUACAGGUCAAGAGGAGAGUCACCAAGUCCAAGAUGAUGGUUCCACAGUUAAGCAAGCGUCUGAGGAAGCAGCAAUUCCUGCUGGCGACAGAUCUGAUGAAGAUUCAGUAGAUAAAGAUCAGGAGACAAAUAGUGUAGAUCAAGUGUUAGCUACAGGUAGUAAACAAGCUCCAAGGGACAACGGAGAUGGGAAGACAAGAGAAGAGGAAGAUGAAGUUAAAGGCAAAAUGCACUCAGCAGAGUCCUGCAAAGCCUCAUCAAAGAAACCACUCAGCACAGUUAAACGAUAUGAGACACGGGUUAACAUGGACACCACUGCUGGAGUUUCUAAAAAAGACAAAGAGGUCAACGAGGAGAUGGUGUAUGAGAUAGUAGAUUCUGUUAAAGAAGAUCCGGUUCAAGAUGUUGCCACCACUGAAAUGUCUGGUAGAAGGAGUGCAACUGUUGAGAAAGAGGAUAAAACUACAUUAAAUCUCACAGAAGCAUCUGAAAAACCAGAGGAGGCUAAAACUGUGGAGGAUGAAACUGCCAAUAAUGAACCACUCAUAAUGACAAGAUCUACCAGAGAAAAAAGGGAAAGAGCCACUAGGAAAACUACUUCAGAUGAGAAAACGAUAAAAGAGGACACGUCAACAAGAAUGAGGCCCACUCCUGCCAGAGAAUCACAGGAACAAAACCAGGAAAGAACACCAAAGAAAGAGGAGAAAGCCCCUCUAAAAGAGAGCACACCAUCAGUGAAGAGUGACAAUGAUGUAAAAGAGGAAAUUGACUGGGAUGCUACCUAUGCAGUAUUCGACUCUUUGGAGGACGAGCUUGUUAAGGCUGAUCGGCCCGCUACAAGAAGAAAAGGAAAAAGGGGAAGACCGAAGAAAGACAUUAAAACAACUAUAAAAGACACAGACAUAUUAAAGCAGGUUGAAACAGAGGCAUCUGAAAAAGUGGCUGAUGAAGAAGAAGCAACAUAUCAGAUUCUUGAUUCUGUGGAGGACGAGAUGGUUAACGAUCAGCCCCCCACAGUCACACAGUCAGAAGAGAACAUUUCUAACAACAGCGACGAGCAAAAAACUGAAAGUGCAUCUCUCGCAGGAUCGCCCAAAAAAGAUGUAACUCCUAUAAAAAAAGAGGCAACACCUGAAAAAGAAGACACAGCAACAGGUGGUAGCACAGUUGUGGAGGUGGAUGCCAAGGAGCUGGUGACUCUGGAUGAGGUGGGAGCAGAUGAGGCCGGAGAGGAAAGAGCACCAGAGAGCCGAGAGUUGGAUGGGGAGAUGACGGAGGGGGAGCUGCAAGCACUUGUCACUUUGGAUGAGUUCAUAGAAGAAGAAGAAGAAGAAGAAGAAGAGGACGAUGACGACGGAGAGGCCAAGCAAAGCACACUGGAGACCCGCCCACCCAGCCAGGAGGACGAAUCAGAGGACUUCUUAAACUCAGAGACUUUGGUGACUUUAGAUGAAGCUGGCGAUGAUAAGGAAGAGAAGCCGGACGAAGAGCAUACUGAGAAAACCUCAUGUACCGUCAAACGCAGUGAUGAUACAGUUUUAGAGGAAAGUCUGAACUUUGUGACGCUAGACGAGGUGGGAGCGAUGGAGGAGGAAAAGAAAGCUGUAAAAACCAGGACUAGAGGACGUGGAAAGAAGAGAGCAAGACAGGCCCCUGUGAGAAAAUCUACCAGAGGGAAAACCGUGACUGCAAUAGACGAGAGAGAAGAAGAGUUGGAACCAGCUAGCACCGAUGUUCUGCCUCCAACUCCACUCGAUGCCUCCUCUUCACUGGACACAGAUCCGUCUACGUUGUCAAGUGACGGCCAGCCGGAGAUCCAGAGGGCCGAGGUGGAAGCAGCGAGCCCAGCUGACUUCGAGGCAGCCUCUGCUGGGCAGGAGCUGCAGCCGGAGCACCCUGGGGACCAGACGCUGGAGGGAUGUGUGGAGGAAGGAGAGCAGGAAAAGAAGGAAGGACGGAGCAGGGCGGACAUCAAAGUUGUGAGUAAACUGAGGAGGGAGCCUUUUGGACCUGAAGCAAAACGAUCUCGUUCUCAGUCUCCUUGUGUCGCUAUCGACGUCAAACUGCCGCCGUUCAAACCCAACAACCCCCUCGGUCAGGAGUUUGUGGUCCCCAAAUCAGGCUAUUUCUGUAAUCUCUGCUCUGUUUUCUACCUGAACGAGAGCACCGCCAAGGACCUCCAUUGCAGCAGCCAGAGACACUACGACAACCUGCAGAAACAUUACCAGAAACUAUCAAGAAGUUCCAAACAAAGUUCUCAAGGCUCCGUUUCUGAUUGAUCCCAACUCCAACUAAUUACUUUUUUUGGGCCAGUGAAACGCCAGCAGCUUUACACAUCAAUGUGUAUAAUAAGCCAUGUUGGUCAUAACUAAUUGCUGUCUGGCAUCUUUAUUCAUAUAAAUGUGUAAAUUAUACCUUAGCUGCCUUCUGUGAGUUAAACAGUUCCAUUGCUUCCAUCAGUUGUGUUCUGAAAGAAACUAAACAUGAGCACAGUUUCUUUAUAUAGUCUGUUUACGUAUUUGGAUGAUUGGAACUUUAAAGCUGCUACAUAACCUCUUUUUUUUGGAAAUGACUUAACAUUUGCCCUAAAUUUGUGUUUACAACCACUUUAGCUUUAUAGUGCAGAGUCCGGCCGCUGUUAGAUCAAAUGUCUCAACUUGAAUGGGUAAAGAAUUAAGAAUAAAGAACGGUGGUCCUUAACUUGCAGACAAACAUUAGCGAGGUUAAAGAUGAGAUUUAUUAUUUGUUUCUUGAUGAUAAUGUGAAGACAAUUUUUUGGAGAGAUCGUUUCUUGUGUUUAUUCUAUGCAAUGUUUGCUUUUUGUUAUGCCCUUUUAAAAAUAUAUCUGAAAUGACUCCA